CAAGGUUUGGUGGGCAUCACUACCGUUGACUUCCCAUGGCCUCCCACCCUGAAAACGACGGCCCUCCUCCGCCCCUCGGCCGCCGUGCCCCGCCGUGCGUGCUCCUCCUCUGCCACCCCAUCGAGUUCUCCCUCCUCGACCGUCCCCUCCCCGACAACUUCCGCUUCCUCAAGCCCUGGGAAUCGCCGCUCCCCCUCGACGACUUCCUCUCCUCCGCCGACGCCCGCCCCGCCGAGGCGAUCCUCACCAAUGGCAGGGCUCCGGUCACCGCCGACAUGCUCCGGCGGCUCCCGGGGGUCCGCCUCGUCUUCACCUCCAGCGCGGGCGUCAACCACAUCGACCUGGCGGAGUGCCGGCGGCGCGGGAUCGCGGUCGCCGGCGCGGGGGACGCGUACUCGGAGGAUGUGGCGGAUUUGGCGGUCGGGCUGUUGAUCGAUGUGCUGAGGAAGGUCUCGGCGAGUGACCGGCACGUGAGGCGCGGGUUGUGGAGUAGCGAGGGAGAAGUCGCACUCAGUUCAAAGCUGGGUGGCAAGAGAGUCGGAAUUGUUGGAUUGGGAAAGAUCGGCUUGAAAGUCGCCAAAAGGCUUGAGGCCUUCGGCUGCGCCGUUUCGUAUAACUCAAGGAAGACGAAGCCAUGCGUUCCGUACCCCUUCUAUUCCGACGUUGGUGAGCUUGCCGCCAACUGCGAUGCCCUCGUUAUCUGCUGCGGCCUGAAUGAGCAAACCCACCACAUGAUCACUAGGGAAGUACUACUAGCACUUGGGAAGGAAGGUGUGAUUGUUAACGUCGGGCGUGGAUCGAUCGUCGACGAAAAGGAGAUGGUGCAGCUUCUGGUCCAGGCAGAGCUCAGAGGCGCCGGCUUGGAUGUGUUUGAGAAUGAGCCCGACAUUCCUGAAGAGCUCCUCGCUCUCGAUAACGUCGUAUUAUCGCCACACUCGGCUGUUUUCACCCCGGAAUCCUUCUCGGAUAUAUGCGAUCUCGCCAUCGGGAACUUGGAAGCUUUCUUUUCAAAUAAGCCCUUGCUUUCUCCUGCGUUAUAUCAGUGAAAUGACAACUCACCCGGUCUAUAUCGGCCCUGUUACCACCGCUAAACUAGAUUCAGUUGGCUUUUCCCUGAAGCAGUCUUUCUACAUACUUUGGUCACAAUAUGUGUGCCUUGAUGGCAUUUGUUUUGCAUCACUACAAGCAUGUUUGGUGUGGCUAACCAAACUCUCUGUGGCCACGGGAUGGUAAUAGUACGAUCAUCUCGAAAAGGAGCCAACCGACUGUCUAUUAUAUUCUUCCCUGUGAUGGUUUCAUCCUGUUGGAUUUGUUGUUUAUCCUUUCUGGAAUUGGCGAAAGCCAACUGAUUGAAUGAUAAUCUGUCCGCUGCUACGAAGAAGCCGAGGAAGGAAAUAGAUGGUAGAAUGAUGAUACUGGGUAGGGCUUGUUUGAACUGUCAAGUUUGUCAUUGGGUGCAGGACUCCGGAAUGGGGACUUGUUGAUCGCUGAACACUUCUCCAUGAAAUUGAGAAUAGAUGAUCAGAUCCUGUGUUGUGUAUGUAGCUCUAGUUCUCUAAUGUUGAUGUCCUGGAACUUCUGUGGUAUUACGUUUUCUUUGGUGGCAAUGCUCUGAAAAGUUUGCACUUCGGGGGAAAAUCAACUG